AUGGCCGACGAGUACAAGCCCAAGGCGGUGCUCCUCACCGGCGGCGCAGGCUUCAUUGGGUCGAACGUCCUCAUCCACCUGGUGGAAAAGUACCCCGAGGUCCGUUGGGUCAACUACGACUCGCUCGAGUACUGCGCGUGCCUCAAGAACCUCGAGUCGAUCGAGAGCGCGGACAACUACAAGUUCAUCAAGGGCAACAUCCUCAACGCAGAGCUCGUGACGUACGUGCUCGAGUCUGAGAACAUCGACACGAUCAUGCACUUUGCGGCGCAGUCGCACGUGGACAACUCGUUCGGUAACUCGAUCCAGUUCACGGUGACCAACGUGCACGGCACGCACGUCCUGCUCGAGUCUGCCAAGGCAUACGGCAAGAUCCGGCGGUUUGUGCACGUCUCGACGGACGAGGUGUACGGCGAGUGCGAGGGCGACCACCUCGACGAGGACUCGAUCCUGCGCCCGACGCAGCCGUAUGCGGCGGCCAAGGCCGGAGCGGAGCACCUGGUGAUGGCAUACUACAAGUCAUACAACCUGCCGAUCAUCAUCACCCGCGGCAACAACGUGUACGGCCCGCGGCAGUUCCCAGAAAAGGUUAUCCCCAAGUUUGUCAACCUCAUCAUGCGUGGGCGCAAGUGCUGCCUCCACGGCGACGGCUCGGCGCAGCGCUCUUUCCUGCACGUGCAGGACGUUGCCGCCGCUUUUGACGUCAUCCUCCACCGCGGUGCCAUCGGCGAGGUCUACAACAUUGGUACCACCUUUGAGCUCUCGAUGCUCGAGCUGACCAAGGUCCUGUACAAGGUCAUGGGCCGCGAGUUUACUGACGACGCCGUCGAGUUUGUCGAAGAUCGCAAGUUCAACGACUCGCGCUACGCCAUUUCAUCGGCUCGACUCGAGGCCCUCGGCUGGGCGCCGUCGAUUGAGUUCGAGGCUGGCCUCAAGGCCACCAUCGAGUGGUACGACGGCAACUGGGGCGACAUCGAGGACGCGCUUGUCCCGCACCCGCGCCUCGUCACCGACCUCUCCAACCGUACCUCGUACCUCGUAGAGCCGUGUGCCUUCGCUGUGGCGAUCGAUGAUAACUAAUUCCGGACGUGGAGU